GAACAUUUGAGAAUGGCGUUUUUGUUUUGGCUUACAGUUUGCCGUCACCAACAAAAGGUUGUUCUCUGUUAUCAACCACUACAUUUUACCACCACGUUAAGAAUGAGAAAAUGGAAGAGAACAAAAUAAAACAAAACCCAAGCCAAUGUAUGCUCACUGGUCGAUAAUAAAAUCCACCACACAAUCAGGCCUGGAUUAACAUCCAAAAAUAUAUGCCUCUACUACUUUUCUUCUUGCUACAUCAUUUUGUCGGAUGAACGAGGUAGCAGUGUAACAUGUUUGUGCCUGCUGUGCAAUGAAGAGUCCUCCCAACAAUGAACAGACGCGCGCACAUACUCUCGCAGCCGAUUAUUCGAAAUAGCAGCGAAUAUAUCCCACCCAACGUAUUCGCCGUCGCAUUUUGUGUGUAUCUAUCAGCAAAUGUCGUUUCUCUUGACGACUCGUGAACUGUGUGUGCACACAAACAACUGUCAUUGCGAAUGGUGGUGGCUGUUAUUCGCACAGUAAGCGAUUUUAAAUGCAUUUUCGUCGCGUUUCAGUCUACGACCAGACAGCGUUGUUAUUGCUAGUCUUCGAAGGGUUUCGCUUUGCCUUUGGUAUAACUUCGGGUUUCUUUUGCAAAACAAAAAUGCAAAUUCACAAAGCACAACUGAUAGAAAUUAUUAAACAAUAUCCCAUUCUUUAUGAUAUCCAGCACGAAGACUAUAAGAACAGCUAUAAAAAAGAUAAAAUUUGGGAUGCUAUUGCCUUGGAAUUGGAUCAAAGUGCAUUUGAACUGAAAAAGAAAUGGAAGAGCUUAAGAGACACCUUUGCGAAAUAUAUAAAGCGUGUCAAUGCCGAAGAGGCCCCAAAACCUUGGGUAUGGGCAGAUCAUAUGAAGUAUUUUCUACCUUACUUAUCCUUCAGUAAUAAAUCAUUCCAAGAUCAAGAGGAUUAUGACAUUUCUCCCGAAAGUGACUGCGAUCAGCGUAAUUCCAAUUCCAAUGUGGCCAUUGUCGAUGAGGAAAGCGAAUUUAUUAGUUGCGAUAAUGACUACAAGCCAAACGAGCAACAACCCGUCGAGUCUGUACUCUUUGUGCAGGGAUCCCCAAAAUCACCCUCACCUGUCCAUGAAACAAUUGUGCAAACGGAAACGGGCGCAUUUACCAUAACUCAACCCAGAACACUAAAGAGAAAAUUUGAUUCAGACGAACCGAAAUCGUUUCGUGAUCAUUUGAAAGAGAAGAAGUUCAAGGCCGUAUUCGAUGACAUAGAAUGCCUAAUGUUGGCCCACGCCAAAAAUAUUAAGAGAUUUUCGGCGAAACGACAAGCUAUAACCAAAUAUAAAAUUGCUCAAGUGAUAUUGGAACAGGAAUUGUUGCAUGUCAAGGAUGUUGGUCAAGUACAAGAGCAUAGAUCUGGUAACAUAUCCAGCGACGAUGACAAUUAAAUAAAUAUAGUCAAGUACUUUAUUAUCUACCUGAUACUCCUUUUUAUGACAAGCUUCAUACAUUCGAACAUUUAAAAAAUAUAUAAGAAUGCAUUUACAUCAGUUACAUAUAAUUUGAAUUAUGUAAAUAUAUAAUUAGUGAUUAAUAAAUAUUAU